AUCGAGCUUUAUCCAACGGUUGUAUUUUUCACCAACUGAUCCAGGACAAUGAUUUCACUCAUUCAUAAUUUCACUGUACAUCUUUGGCAUGGUUGGCGAUAUGAGAAAAUAUUUAAGUCCGUAUUUAUUUCACUUAUGCGAUUUUGUCCAGAAAACUCAUUGAAAUUUACAAGAGGUCCGAAUCUGGUCUAAAAAUCAGGUUUUGAAUCAGGAAUAUUUCUCUCUAAGAUAUGUCCACGGAAUGUCCUCGUCAGUUCCCAAUAGCAGUUUUGAAGGGCUGUUGAGCCGUCAAACGCGUGAACGUAUAGGAACGUGUUUUCUUUGUUUUUCUUCGUGGUUUUCGCAUAUUUUUCACAUUAAAACUCAGAGAUAUGGCAGCAGUGAUACGCGUAAAGCGAAGAAUAGAUGAGGAGCCACUGAAUGCAUUUGUUCUGAACUGCAAAAGACGAAAAGUGAGUCCGGAAAAUGCACGUGAAGCUGUGGCGUCCUCGUCCAAAAGCAACGAUGUGGGGCUGCUGUCGUCCGGAGAGGAAAAGUCGACGAUCCUCAAGUUUGCGGGAACGGUGGAGAGUCAGGAUGAAAGCCAUAUUACGAAGAUGACAAAGGAGGAGGCUAAGGAGCUGAUGGGCAAGACGAGGAUUCCACAGCCCGUGGCCAGAGCCAGGGACAGUCACAGACUGAAGACGCAGGAGGAGAGAUUCCGGAUCGUGAACUGCUCGAGAGCCGUGGACUCUUCGGGCAGUGGCGAGGAGAAGCCCAUCACGAUUCUGGAUAUCGAGAAGCAAAGCACACUGCCGGCUGCCGAGGAGACUGCACAGAGUCCGUCCAGGCAGGCGGAGCCAGAGAACAGGCAAGGGUUCCGUCUGGACUUCGUCUAUGAUCUGUAUGUGUCGGAACUUGGUGACCUGGAGACAGACAUCGAUGAUGGCAUGCUGGAGAAUCAGCUGAGCAUUCGUCCCUUUGACUGCCUCGCGUACGGAAGUCGCCUCGACAACGGCCUCGCGGGUCGCGACAGUGACGACGAGGAGUCCAGCGAUGACUCCAACGAUGAGAAUAACUGGAGAAACGACUAUCCGGACACAGAUCCAGACGACGACUCCAGCAUUGAUGAGCGCGACAUGCGGCGAGCUGUGAAGAAUUUCAAUCUGGACGACGAUUCUCUGUCCACAGAUGACGAGGAUAACACUCACACUGAUUACUACGAAGACUACGAUGAUCCCUACGAGGCAAAAGGUAGAGAUUACGAGAGAUACCAUCGCAUGUUGAAGCUGAUGAGCCAGAACAACGAUGAUGAUGCAGAGUGAGUACUUCUUCUGCAGUUUAUUCAACAAAAAUUACAACCACAGACUCCGAGACGAGCAACUAUUGUAAAAAUAUACGUUUCGAGACAUAUUUUCGCUAUGAAUCUCAAUUUCUCCCUCGCGUGUUCUCUAAAUUAGAAAGUCUCUACACAACACUACUGACAAAAAACACAUUUUACAAGAAUACUUUGGCACUUGUGAGUUACAAACAACCUUAGUCAACAACUUUGUCUGCACUGGCGGAAAAUAUUCCUAAUUCUUGCUUUAACUAUACGUAGAAAAAAAAAGAUCACCAACAUUU